AUGGCUGCUGCCGUUGCGACGACGCAACUUCCACAUACGUUCGAAAAACCCGUAGAGGAACCCAUAGAAUCGACUCAUCCAAGGAGACAAAAUGACGUGUCGACGAUUAUAAACUACUAUAAGGACCCGGGCGACGGAUCUCUUCCAAUGCCUAUCGUUAUCGCCAACAACACGGUGAAGAACGAGCGUCCACAUACACCCCGUCAAGUAACGAUCCACGACGUAACAGGCGAAGAAGAAAAGUACUUUCUCGACAGCCACGGAUUCCAGUACCUACGGCAUGAGAGCAAGCUCAAGUCCUUGGAAGAGUUUCAAGACGAGGAGACUGUAAGAUCAAGAUACUACCCGGAAUCAGUACGGCUACUGAAAGAAAUAACCGGCGCACCCCACGUCUUCAUAUUCGACCACAAGACGCGGUGCGGCCCAUCGAAUUGGCACAAACUCGGCAAAGGUAAUCGGUCCUCGCGAGGACCCUUAUUCCGAGCGCACGUAGACCAGUCCUACGACGGCGCGGAGCUCGUCCUGCGACGGUGGUUCCCAGACUCAGCGGAAGACCUGCUAAAACGGCGGUAUCAGAUUAUCAAUCUCUGGCGUCCCAUCAAACCAAUCCUCAAAGACCCCUUCGCAACCGCCGACGCGACCUCGAUCCCCGACGAGGACCUAGUCGCCGCCGGAAUAGUAUACCCACGAGACCGCGACGAGACAUGGACAAUAAAACCAGGGUCCACACACCGCUGGUACUACAAGCACUCGCAACAACCGUCCGACGUGCUCCUAAUAAAAUGCUUCGAUUCCGACACGACCAUCCCCGCGCGACGGGCGCCGCACAGUGCGUUUGAGGACCCGGAGCAGGAGGGCGCGGGGGCUAGGGAGAGUAUUGAGACGAGGGCUUUGUUGUUUUAUAAAUGA